AUGAGUCGAAACAAUGUGAGUGGCCCUGCGACGACGUACCAGGUGUACGUACUAGCAAUAAUAGGCAAAGGAGAUAUCCCCUUGUAUGAAGCCGAUCUAUCCAUGAAUGGUAAAAAGGAUAUAUCAGAACAUCUGGCACAAUUCAUAAUUCACCAGUCGUUAGAUUCUCUAGAUGUCGUGGUGUGGAAGAGUACAAGCCUUUUUUUAAAAACGAUUGAUUCGUUUAACAGUUAUUCUGUGUCGGCAUACUGUACCACAGGACACAUCAAAUUUCUACUCCUUCACAAAAACAAAAAUGAGAUAAGUAGUGGAAGUAGCAGUACAGGUGGACCUGCCAUCUAUGUACCCUCCGAUGAAAAUAUCCGAUCCUUCUUUGAGAUCGUUCACGAAAAUUAUAUUAAGGUGUUAUUGAACCCACUAUAUGAGCCCAACGGAAUAAUUACCAGUUCUCUCUUUGAUCAGAAUAUACGCUUGGCGGCCAAACGCUUCCUCUACGGUUGA